GUAAUAAGUAACGCUGCAUUCAGGAAAAAUAUUGUUAACACUUUUAUCAUUACCCACCAAGUUUUAGAAAAUUAGUUUACAAGUAUGGAUAUUUCAAAAAAUAAUGAUUGUGAAAUCGGUACUAAGCGUCCUAUGUUUAGUUUCAGAUUUACAAAAAAAAACAAAGCGAUUUUGACAAACUUUACUGGGGAAGGAUCUGUAAACUUGCAGUCAGGACUGACAGAAGAAAAUUCUAAAUUUGAAUAUGACGAAUCUAAGCCCGUUCUUAUUUGUACACAUAGUUCUGAAGGAAAACCUAUCAUAAGUUCCGAAGGGACAGAUCUAGCAAAACCAGAACUUGUAAUACCCUUGAUACAAAAAAAUAAAUGGAAAUUGUCAUCUAAAAAAUUGGAAAAAGAUAAAGAUCAGAAUAAAGUCCUUGGUGAAGAUUCAUCACUUGAAGAAUUAGCUGUUAAAGAAAUCAUUGAAGAAAACAACAAACAACUUGAGGAGUGGAAUAACUGCUUCCAAAGAAAUCAUAAUAUAGUUAUUCCACUAGUAGUACAAAAUCAAGUGCCUGAUGGGUUUGAAACAGAUGAAAAGGUGGAUGUUUCACUUAGACCAGAUGAAUCCUCUCUUGAAGAUUAUGAAAGGGUUCCUGUAGAAGAAUAUGGGCUGGCAGUUUUGCGUGGAAUGGGAUGGAAAAAGGGUGAACCAAUUGGUGGGAAAAAUAAACAGUGCGUGGAUCCCAUGGAAGUAGUUUUACGACCCAAAGGAUUAGGUCUUGGAGCAAGUCAUCCAGGAAAGAGCUGUAAGAGUAACAAGUUGGUUAAUAAAGAACACAUUAGCUUAAUAAAAGGAGCCUAUGUUAUCAUUAGUCAAGGACAGUACAAAGGCAACUAUGGACAGUAUACCGGGACUGGAAAGACCAACUUCAAGUAGCUGGGCCUGCCUCAGCUUUCCCGUGUCAUACUUGAAUAAGUUUCCACAAUUUAUAAGU